AAUUAUUGAGCCAAAGGAGGGGUGAAGCAGGGAUUAACUCUCUCUCAGAGGGAAAAACAGCUUCUGAGAGAGAAAAGUUGAGGGAGCAGUGGUCAGUGCUCUGGAGGAAAACACAACUCAAGACAGGCUUUAAACACUGAAGGGAAGCAUUUCCAACUUCUGAUGAGAUUUGAAUGAUUCUCCAUUCAGGCCAGGGGAGUUCUGUGGAAGUUUGAGAUUGGUUACCCGAGGCAAGGAAGUCAAGAUGUUUGCAGUGCACUUGCUCUCUUUCUAUUUCUCCAAGCUACAGGAGGACCAAGUUAAAAAGGUCGAUCGCUUCCUGUACGCGAUGCGGCUGUCUGACGAUCAGCUAAAAGAUAUUUCCGCUCGCUUCCGUAUGGAGAUGGAGAAAGGUCUGUCCAGAGAGAGCAAUGCCACUGCCGCUGUGAAGAUGCUCCCCACACAUGUCCGCUCCAUCCCUGAAGGCUCAGAGAAGGGCGAGUUCUUGGCCCUGGAUCUGGGUGGAUCUAAAUUUAAGGUGUUGAGGGUGGAUGUGUCGGCAGAUGGAAAGAAAAAAGUCCACAUGGAGAGCGAGACCUAUCCCAUUCCUGGGGAGAUCCUAAAUGGGAGAGGAGCAGAUCUCUUUAAUCACGUGGCGAUGUCUCUGAAAGCCUUCAUGGAGAAGCACAAGAUCAGUGAGAGAAAAACCCCGCUGGGCUUCACUUUCUCUUUCCCCUGUGCACAGUCUAAGAUCGACGAGGGUGUGUUGCUUUCGUGGUCCAAACAUUACAAAGCGAGGGGUGUUGUGGGUGUCAACGUGGUCCAGUCUCUAAGGCAAGCCAUCAGUGAUGUCGAGGAUGUGGACGUGGACGUCCUUGCUCUGGUGAACGAUACAGUGGGAGCGAUGAUGACCUGUGGAUAUGAUGACCAGCAGUGUGAAGUGGGAGUCAUAAUCGGUACUGGCACAAAUGCGUGUUACAUGGAGGAAAUGAGACACAUUGACCUGGUAGAGGGAGAUGAAGGCAGGAUGUGCAUCAAUACGGAGUGGGGUGCUUUUGGAGACGAUGGAGCGCUUGAUGAUUUCAUCACUGACUUUGACCGGGAGAUUGAUGCCGCUUCCAUUAACCCAGGAAAGCAGCUGUUUGAGAAGAUGGUGAGUGGGAUGUACCUGGGAGAGCUGGUGAGACUGAUCUUGCUGAAGAUGGCCAAAAAAGGCUUGCUCUUCCAGGGCAGAAUUACCAAUGCUCUCCGUACUCAAGGCAAAUUCCUGACCAAGCAUGUCUGCUUAAUUGAGGAGUACAAAGAUGGGUUGAAGAACACCAGACAGAUCCUGAGAGACCUCGGAUUGCAUCCCACUGCAGACGACUGUAUUGCUGUCCAGCACGUGUGUACCAUCGUCUCGUUCAGGUCAGCUAAUCUGUGUGCCGCCGCCCUAGCUGCCAUCCUCAACCGGAUCCGCGAGAACAAGAAGCUGAAGAGUCUUAGGACUACGGUGGGAGUCGACGGAACCGUCUACCGAACACACCCACAGUAUGCAAAGAGGCUCCAUAAGGUGGUACGGCGUUUGGUGCCAGACUGCUAUGUUCGCUUCGUGCUUUCGGAGAGUGGGAGUGGAAAAGGCGCUGCCAUGGUAACAGCAGUGGCACAGCGGCGGGCAUCCCAGAGGAAGGAGAUUGAUGACACAUUAGCAUCCUUCCGCUUGAGCCUGGAGCAAUUACAGAAAGUGCGCGACAAGAUGAAGGUGGAGUUGGAAAGGGGCCUGAGGAAGGACUCGCAUGGCAGUGCAUCUGUGAAAAUGCUGCCCACAUACGUUUACCGCACACCUGAUGGGACAGAAUCAGGAAAUUACCUUGCCCUGGAUUUAGGGGGAACCAACUUCCGGGUGCUGCUGGUUAAAAUCCGAAGUGGUUUACGCAAAUCAGUCCGCAUGUACAACAAAAUCUACGCCAUCCCGCUGGAGAUCAUGCAGGGUACAGGAGAGGAGCUCUUUGACCACAUUGUCCAGUGUAUCUCAGACUUCCUGGACUACAUGGGCAUGAAGAACACCUGUUUCCCUCUGGGAUUUACCUUCUCUUUCCCCUGCAGGCAGACUGGCAUUGAUAAGGGAAGUUUGGUGAAUUGGACGAAAGGCUUCAAAGCCACAGACUGUGUCGGCCACGAUGUGGUGGACAUGUUGAGAGAGGCCAUCAAAAGACGAAACGAUUUUGACCUUGAUAUUGUUGCUGUGGUGAAUGACACUGUGGGCACAAUGAUGACAUGCGCGUAUGAAGACCCUAACUGUGAGAUAGGACUUAUUGCUGGCACUGGCAGUAACGUGUGUUACAUGGAAGAAAUGUGUAACAUUGAGACAGUGGAGGGGGAUGAGGGCCAGAUGUGUGUGAACACAGAGUGGGGAGGGUUUGGAGGGAACGAUAACAUCGAGGAUAUCCGGACCAAAUAUGAUCAUGAAGUGGACACAGGGUCCCUGAAUGUGGGCCAACAGAGGUUUGAGAAGAUGACCAGCGGUAUGUACCUGGGUGAGAUUGUGAGACAGAUUCUCAUUGACCUGACCAAACGAGGACUUCUCUUCCGUGGGCGCAUCACAGAACCUCUGAAAACCAGGGGCAUCUUUGAGACCAAGUUCCUUUCCCAGAUAGAAAGUGACCGUCUGGCGCUACUGCAGGUGAGGGCCAUCCUGCAGCACUUGGGUCUGGACAGCACAUGUGAUGACAGUAUAAUUGUGAAGGAGGUUUGUGGUGCUGUCUCUCGCCGUGCGGCCCAGCUCUGUGGAGCCGGAAUGGCUGCUGUGGUGGACAAGAUUCGUGAAAACCGACGGUUGGACCAUCUUCACAUCACUGUAGGGGUGGAUGGUACACUUUACAAGCUCCAUCCACAUUUCUCGGGGAUCCUUAAGGAGACAGUGAAGGAGCUGGCACCUGACUGCACUGUGGACUUUGUGCUGUCAGAGGACGGCAGUGGGAAGGGAGCAGCUCUGAUCACAGCUGUGGCUCGUAGCAGUCAGAAUAAAACGUAAUGCUGCUGUACUCUCUUCAGUCUCUCACAACGCACUCUGUGUUCUUGCCUCACACAGAAGAGUUUAUUGAUAUGAUGGAACAUUGCCAAUCUGUACAGAUUAAAAUGUGUUGAACUGACA